UAGACGCUGAUGCUGACGCACAGGUUGCGUUACCCGGAAGUAGCGGUGAUUGUUUUGAUUUUACUUAAAUCACAGGAGCACUGUGGUUUCAUACAUACCAUUUAUUUUUAGACGAGGAAAUCUGUUAUAACAUGCCUCACUCCUGCGCUGUGAAGACAUGCAGAAAUAAAGCAAAGACUGGCACUGCCUUGUCGUUUCACCGCCUGCCAGUGAGGGAACCUGAGCGGCUCAAACUGUGGCUGUCUGCCUUAAACGUAAAUGUAAAUACUCCCAUUGAGGAGUUAAAGAAAUAUAUUGUCUGCUCAGAGCAUUUCGUACCGGAGGACUACACCGUUAACGGACAGCUGAAGACCGAUAGGAUGCACCGUUUUCUGACGCCAACGGCUGUCCCGACCGUUACCUCCUGCACGCUUCAACAAAAUGCAGCGGAGGAUUCAGAAAACGACAGGACCAAGGAUGUGUCAUUGGAUUCUCAUUCCUCUGAAGACAGCCAGUCGGUCUCUGAAGAGCUGCUUCCCUCACUGCGGCACUGUGACAUUAAGGUGGAGGAAACAGAGAUCCACCCACAGGUCAAAGAGGAGCAGGUGGACAAGUGUAUCAGUGCAGACAUAGAGGCUGAUACUUCCAACGAUGCUGAAGACAGACAUCCUAAAUCAGAACCAACCACUGACUGGGAGCUCUUCCCAUCCUCCAGUACUGAAACUAUGACUGUAAAUGAUGACAAAUGGAAUGAAAGUGACGGUUCAUCAUCGCCUCAUCGUAGCGUCGAAGUCUUUGUGGAACUGGAACAGCCUCCGAGGCAAGAAAAGUCUUGUCGUUUUUGUGGUAAAAGUUUUAAGAGAGACUCUUAUCUGAUCAGGCAUGUAGGCAAGAGCCACAAAGGGCACAAGGCCUUCAAAUGCUUGGAGUGUAACAAGGAGUUUGAACAACGUUACCAGCUAGUCCUGCACAUAAGAAUUCACACAGGUGAAAAACCCUUUAGUUGUGAUUACUGUGACAAAACGUUUGUUCAGAACUCAAGUCGCCUUGCUCACAUGAGGGUGCAUACCGGGGAAAAACCAUAUUUUUGUGUUAAGUGUGGGAAAAGUUUUGCCACAAGCAAUCAUUUUAAAUUUUGCAGAAUGCAGAAUGAGUGCAAAAUCACACCAGAAAAAGAGGAUGUGGAUGAGAAUCACAAAGAGCAGAAGCCCUUUAAAUGCUUUGAAUGCAACAAGGAGUUUAAUCAAAAGCACCAGCUUGUUCUGCAUGCGAGAGUUCACACCGGUGAAAAACCCUUCAGUUGCGACUUCUGUGGCAAGACGUUCACACAGAACUCUAAUCGUAUUGUUCACAUGAGACAGCAUACUGGAGAGAAACCAUAUUUUUGUAAUAAGUGUGGCAAAAGGUUUGCAAGUAGCCAUCAUCUCAAAUUGUGCACAGGAACUCAACACAAUAGGAUAAACAAGUCAUUUCGUUGCAUAACUUGUGGUAGAACCUUUCACACAGAUUCAGACCUGAAGGUGCAUGUGGAGGUUCAUGAGUCAUGGAAACGGCACAUCAGUGAGAAACUGCAAGGACAGGAGUUAGAAGAAAAAAACUUAAAGCAUGUCUGAGAGAACAUCAGUCUGUGAUACCAUGGACUGCUUCCAGCAUCAGUGAUAUCACAGAUAAAUAAAGAAAAUAUUAACAAGCUGGAGGUGAGAAAUUAUGUUGAAUAUUAAAACAUAAAAUGUGCCCAAAAGCAAAGUGGCCUUUUGUGCCUUUCUUAUACAAGUUUAAAACCUCUUCACAAUUUUUAACAAACACAAAUCAGUGUUUGAGAGGUUUGUCAGGCCAUGGGUGCACUAAAAAGCUUCAGUGUGGUCAGUAUGUUUCACUACAUAUGUGCACAUCAUGACAUGGUUCCAAACCUUUAAUUUUUGCUUGUUCUGUUGCACACAAGCAACAAUGGUUGCCAUCUGAGGAGCGGAGGUUCUCUGAAGUCCCUCUCCCAAAGUUACUUCCAUUCUUUGCCUUAUACAUGUAGGGUUCUUCCUUGUCUUCUUAGAGCAGUGUGUCUUGAACAGUGCAACUUGGAAAGAAACCAAGCAGUAUUCCCAUUGUUCUCAUUCGUAAGAGUUGUUGUCAAAGUUUGACAGUGUCUCAAAGUUGUUGUGGAUGUUUUCAGUUUCUUACUUUGUUCAUAAAAUAAAUAAAACAACCAAUUAUUGAAAAUAAGGAAAAUAAAAUGUGCAAAUUCUUUUCAAAA